GCUCAGUCCUCUCGCAGUCGAGUGGAUUCGGUCGUAUCGGACGGACGUACGUUUUGGCCGGUCGUUUCGUGGUGCUGAGUGUGGCCAGUUUAGUGCCAUUAGGGUCCGUGAGUGUGACAAGGAGAGGGUUAUCAUCUCCGCCUGGGAGUGUGACGGGUCGGGACGGGAUGGAUUCGAUGUGAAAUCAUCAACAUCAUCGUCGCAUGGUAUAGUGUAUAGUGUGGAAAUAAUCAACAGUAGCAGCAAGUAGCAUUCGAAAAAGGGGCCAAGGAGAUUGGAAGUGCUGCGUUAAGUUUCGAAGAGGAGAAGAUAUUGUUACAAAAGAUCUGAAGUGUAGUGAUUCUGCGAAAAAUUAAAAAGGAAUCUGGAAAACAGAUUGCAACGUGCCAAUCAAAAGUGAAUUUGUGUUCCCAAGCUGCAUUAAAAAAGGAUUAAGUCAGUCAUCUGUACGAGAAAAAAAAAUACAACUGCAGACCAAUCAAGCCAACGGAGUAAAAGGUCUUUAUGCUGCGGCUUUUAUGAAGAUUGUUAUAACUUGGUGCCUGAGUCUAAGGACGUUAUAUUAACGUCCUACUCAUGUAUAGUUGGCCGCAGCGAUGGCCAAACUAGAUUCAUCAUGUAUAGGUUUUAUAUUUAAUUUAUUUAUUUUUAUUAAUUUAAUUUUAAGUAGUUAUGCACAGCGUAGGACUUCCAGUAGUAGUAGGUUACCACAUAGGCCCAUCCAUCGUGUUCAUCCGUGCGAGCAGAGCAGUUGCUACCCGGCGACGGGCAAUCUGCUGAUCGGUCGCGAAAACCGCCUCGAAGCGUCGUCCACGUGCGGCACGGUGCGGCCCGAGCGCUACUGUAUCGUGUCCCAUCUCGAGGAGAAGAAAUGCUUCCUGUGCGACACCCGGCCCGAGACGGCCCACAUCCCGAUGAAGAACCACCGGGUCGGACAGAUCAUCUACAAGAACCAACCGGGCACCCUGGAACAAUCCUGGUGGCAGUCGGAAAACGGUAAGGAGAAUGUCACCAUCCAGCUGGACCUGGAGGCGGAGUUCCACUUCACCCAUCUGAUCAUCGUGUUCUCGACGUUCCGUCCGGCUGCGAUGUUGAUCGAACGGUCGUACGACUUCGGCAAAACGUGGCACGUGUAUCGGUACUUUGCCCACAACUGCCGGUCAGCGUUCCCGGAUGUACCGACCAUGGGCAAAAACAUCACCGAUGUGAUCUGCGACCACCGCUACUCGGGUGUCGAGCCAUCGAAGAACGGCGAGGUUAUCUACCGGGUGCUGCCACCGAUGCACAUUGAGAACCCGUACGCCGAGCACGUGCAGAACAUGCUGAAGAUGACCAACCUGCGAAUCAACUUCACGAGAUUGCACACUUUGGGUGAUACGCUGCUGGACGACCGUCAGGAGAUUCAGGAGAAGUACUACUAUGCCAUUUCGAACAUGAUCGUGAGAGGUUCGUGCUCUUGCUACGGACACGCUUCGCGGUGUCUUCCGCUGGAGGGAGUGAGGAAUACAAUCGACAUGGUGCACGGACGGUGCGAGUGUACGCACAACACGAAGGGUUUGAACUGCGAGGAGUGCGAGGACUUCUUCAAUGAUCUACCGUGGAAGCCGGCUUUGGGCAAACAGACGAAUGCUUGUAAAAAAUGUCACUGUAACAAUCACGCAACGAGCUGUCAUUUCGAUCAAGCUGUGUACGAACACUCGGGACGCGUAAGCGGAGGUGUUUGUGACAAUUGCCAGCACAAUACACAGGGCUAUCACUGCGAAGAGUGUUCUCCGUUCUUCUACCGGGAUCCUUUGGAGGAUAUUCAAAGUCCAUACGUGUGUAAGCCUUGCGAUUGUGAUCCUAGGGGGUCCCUGGAUGACGGAAUCUGUGACUCGAUAGCCGACGAGGAGAACGGAGUCGAGGCUGGGGCUUGCCAUUGCAAGAAGAACGUUAGCGGACGACGAUGCGACCAUUGUAAGGAAGGUUUCUGGAACUUUGACGAGAGCAAUCCGGAUGGAUGCCAGACUUGUUCGUGCAACAUUCUGGGUACGGUGGAUAAUGCUGGAUGCAAUGUACAUACCGGAGAGUGCAUUUGUAAACGGUUGGUUACCGGACGCGAUUGUAACCAGUGUAUUCCGGAGACCUACGGACUUUCGGACAGUCCCGAGGGUUGUACCAUGUGUAACUGUCAUCCGGGAGGAUCGUUGGAUAACAGUUGCGAUGUGAUUACGGGACAGUGCCGCUGUCGGCCGCACAUGCAGGGUAGGGAUUGUAGCGAACCGAAGCAGCACUACUUCAUUCCGACUUUGCACCAUGUUCUGGAAGCGGAGUUCCCGGGAACGAUUUGCGAUCAUCACUCUUCAGUUGGUAACUGUUCAGCAGUUAUUCGCGAGCACCCGCACGGAUAUCCUCCCACGUGGACUGGUCCCGGAUUUAUGCGAGCUUUCGAAGGAACCGAGCUUAAGUUCACCGUGGACGAUAUUCCGAAAACGAUGAACUACGAUGUGGUCGUACGGUACUCACCGCAGAUGAAGGGAGACUGGGAGGACAUUCGUAUGACUGUGAUCCGACCGGACGAGUACGACCCGGAUGGUCCUUGCGCCAACUCGCAUCCGGAAUACGAACGGGAUUUCCACACGACUCUGUCCGAAUAUGAGACCAGCGCAGUGGCAAUGAAGGAUAUCUGUUUGGAGAACGGCAAGACGUACAAGUUCAUUGUAUCGUUCCAGAGACACGAUCCGUACAGGGAUAACGGAGCGGCACAAAUUCUGAUCGAUUCGCUCGUAUUGGUCCCAAGGAUUGAGGUUACACCGAUCUUCCAAGGUACACCACAAGCUGAAGCUAGAUACCGAGAGUAUCAGAAUCUAGGCUGCAAUCAGACAUACUACGAUGUGAACUACGAUACGGAGGCAAGACCGGAGUGCAAGGAUCUGAUGAACAUGGUCAGCGUUUUCGUCUUCAACGGAGCAACUCCAUGUGAAUGUAAUCCAACCGGAUCGACGACGAAGAAAUGCGAGGAAUUCGGUGGAUACUGUGCUUGCAAGACCAAUGUCGUUGGACGCCAAUGCGACAAGUGUGCACCGGGAACGUACGGAUUCGGACCGGAGGGAUGCAAAGCUUGCGAUUGUAACAGCAUUGGAUCGAAGGAUAAUGAUUGCGAUCUGGUGACCGGACAGUGUAACUGUCACCCGAACACCUACGGACGGGAGUGCGAUCAGUGCCAGCCAGGAUUCUGGAACUUCCCGAAUUGUCAGAUGUGUGAAUGUAACGGGCACACGCCGGCGUGUAACUCGAAAACAGGAGAGUGCUUCCAGUGUCAGGACUUCACGCAGGGUUGGAAGUGCGACAGGUGCUUGGAUGGUUAUUAUGGAAACCCGUUGUUGGGUUCGGAGAUCGGCUGCCGGCCUUGUCGUUGUCCGGAUACGAUCGCUUCCGGACACUCAUAUGCCAACGAGUGUCUGCUCGAUCCAAAGGCGAACGAUGUAAUCUGUUUGUGCGACCAGGGUUACGCAGGAGCCAAAUGCGAUGUCUGUGCGGACAACUACUUUGGUAAUCCUGAACGACCAGGAGGUAUCUGUCAACAGUGCGACUGUAGUAACAACGUGGAUCUGAAUCAACCGGGUAAUUGCGAUCCCAAAUCGGGUCAAUGUCUGCAGUGCUUGUACGAUACGGAAGGUGAUCACUGCGAGUUCUGUCGGGAUGGAUACUAUGGAAAUGCUUUGGAACAGAGCUGCCGACCAUGUGACUGUAACGUUCUGGGAACUAAUCAAACGGUACAGCAUUGUGAUCGGUUCACUGGUCAGUGUCCCUGCUUGGCUAACGUACGCGGCCAAUACUGCGAGGAGUGUAUCGAAAACCAUUGGAAGAUCGCUAGCGGAGAGGGAUGUGAGGCAUGCAACUGCGAUCCAGUGGGAUCCAUGAGCGAACAGUGUAAUCCGUAUGAUGGACAAUGUACCUGUAAGCAAGGAUUCGGUGGACGCCAAUGUAAUCAGUGCGAGUCCAACUUCUGGGGUAACCCGAACGUUCACUGUCAUGCUUGCGAUUGUAACCCUUACGGCUCCGCUACAUACCAAUGUAACCGUGAGACUGGUCAGUGUAUCUGUAACCCUGGAAUCGGUGGCUACAAGUGCGACCAGUGCGCUCGUGGAUAUCUGGGAGAGGCUCCCUACUGCGAACCGUGCGGCGAAUGCUUCGACAACUGGGAUAUGAUUCUGGACGGCCUGAAGGAGGAAACCAACCGUACGAUAGAGGAAGCUAAGGCCAUCAAGACUCUCGGUGCAACGGGAGCUUACAAGAAGGAGUUCGAUUCAAUGGGCAAGAAGAUUGAUAUCAUUAAGGGUCUGCUAACGAACACUAUUUCGGAUCGGGAAAUCACGACCAUCGACGAUCGGAUAGCGGAGGUUCGAGAGCAUUUGACAACUUCGCUCAAGGCGUUAGAAGAAUCGGAAAAGCGCUUGCAAGAUACGGACGCGACGAUCAACUUUGCAAACAUCGAGAUCGACAAUCUGAGGAAACGCACCGAAGAAGUGAAGCAGUUGGCGGAUUACCUGAAGGACAAUGCGACCAAAUUGCAGGAAGGAAACAUCGAAGGAGCAUUGAACUUGACGAGAGAUGCUUGGAACCGGGUUACGCUACUCGGCGAAACCAACAUGGAAAUUCAAGAGCUCAACGACAAUGCCGAACGGCAAUGCAAACGAACUGAGAUUCUGCUGAAGAAACAGCAGGAUCAUUUCGAUCAUCUGCAUGACACCAACGAGGCGUCGUUCCUGAAGUACCAGGACGAACUGGAUACGUUGAAUGCCAACAUUCCAGAUUUGAACGAGCGAAUUUGCGAUCGACGAGGAGAUCCCUGCGACGAGUUCUGUGGCGGUGCUGGAUGCGACGGAAAAUGUGGCGGAUUGACGUGCGACAAGGGUGCUUUGACGAGGUCCGAGAAGGCUCUACAGUACGCGAAGAAGACAGAGCAGACUAUCAAGGAGAAGGAGGAGCUGGCCGACGAUAUUCUGCGAUCGAUGUCCCAAGCAAAAACGAACGCAUCGGAAGCGUUCAAGAAGGCCAAGCGCGCCCACGACAAGGCGAAGACGCACUACGACCAUACGCAUUCGCUGAUCAAUCAAGCCAAUACCGUUGUGACAGCGUUGACCGACAUCAUCGACAACAACACAGCCACACCGGAGAAGAUCAAGGAUCUGGCAGAUAAGGUCAUGGACUACACUUUGCAGCUGGAUCCGGAUCAGAUUCAGAAGUUGGCCGAGCAGAUCGACGAAGCCGUUUCGCAUCUGGAGAAUGUGGAAUCGAUCAUCCGCAACACGGAGCAUGAUCUGGAGCGGGUUCAGAGAUUGAAGGACGAUACAUUUGCUACCAAGGAUCGCGCCGAGAAGGUUCUAGACGAAGCGAUUGAGCUGACGAAGGCUUUGGACGACGCGGAUGAUGCCCAGAAGAAAGCACGCCAAUCGAUCAAGCGUGCCAACGAAGAUAUUCAGUCGGCGAAGAUCGAUCUUGAGGAGAUCGACAAGGAAACGGACGACGCCUACAAGCGUGCGAACGCAACCGCUUCGAAGGUCGAUGAGCUGAAGGCACGACUCAAUAAACUGCACGUCAGCAACGUGCAAAACGAUCAGGACGCAGAGGAGAUCAUCAAACAGGCGGAAGCCGUAAAGGAUUCCGCUAACAAUGCACAUGAUUUGGCUACGCAGCUGAAGGACAACUACAAAACUGCCAACGCAACGCUGACGGCAAGAUCGAACGCUUCGGAAAGCGCCCGGGAACGAGCGCAGAACUUGUUGAAUCGUGCUUCCAAGAUCACCGUUGAAACAACCAAUCAGCUCAAGAAACUUCAAGAGUUGUACAAAACGUACGAAUCGAACCAGAACGAGCUGGGAUCGCUGGAGACGAACAUCCAGGGCUUGACCGAGCAAAUCAACAAUUAUCUGAACAAGAUCCAGGGCGACGCCGAUCGUUACCGACAGUGUACGACGUAAAAAUAAACAUGACGAACAACGACAAUAUUUUUUCAUAAGUUAACACACCAGCAGUCAGCAGUUUUAUCUUGAGAAGACGGAAAAUGUUUGUGUUCAGUGUUUGAAGUGAAGUGGUGAAGAAUUAAGUGUUCAUAACAACAAUCUGCCGAUUUUCGAUCUAUAGAAUAGUUGUGUGGCUAAUGUAUCUGGAAGAUGUACUCGUUAGAAUCAUAAUCUGCUUCAAUCAAGAGAUUUGCAAGAAUCUGAAAAACAAAGUCGUGUAACACAGUCAAGAGUUAUAGAAACCUAUUUCUUUAGAACACUUUUUUUGCAAAAUGAAACAGUUUUUUAACCCAGUGUAUUACAUACCACACUGAAUGACAUGCAGAAAUCGAAACAAACAAAAACUAAAUGUGCCAAAUAAGUAAAACGAUAGACUAAAUCAACUUCCAUGUAUGUGUGCUUUUGUUAACGUAAAAAUAUGUGUAAUAAACAGCAAUCGUAUUAUGUAGAGGAAAUUUCACUCGCUGCUUCAAUUUACUAACAUUCGUGUACAAUAAUGAGUCGAACAAAAAAAAAUA